CACUCACAGGCUGGGUUUGGUUGUCUGCGUGUCAGAGAGCAGCAGAGAGAAAGGCACACGUAGGACCAGCAAAGGGCAGGGCAGGCAAGAGGGGUGCACCUGCUGGCCCCAGGAUGGCGCUUCCCACUGGUGGACACGCAUAGUGACAAGAUGGCCCCGGACAUACGGCUCCUCGUCGUGAUGGCUGGAUUGCUGAGGGCAGCUUUCCCAGGUCCUUUUACAGCCCCGUCUGGCCAGCCCGAUGCCAGCCACACACAGAGCAAGCUCUCGGAGCCAGGGCUCCGCCUGGUGAGCGGGAGCAGUCGCUGCAGCGGGACCGUGGAGGUCUGGUUCGGCGAGGCCUGGAAGGCCGCAUGCGGGGCUCUGUGGGAUGGCCGCGCUGCCGAGGCCGCGUGCCGCGUGCUGGGCUGUGGCGGGGCAGAGGCGGCUGUGCAACCGGCCCCGUCUUCCCCGACGCUGCCCCCGAGACCUGCCGUGGGAAACUCCAGCCAGACUGCGAACGCCACUUUGCCGGUCGUCCAGUGCUCCGGCGCCGAGUGGCGGCUCUGCGAGGUGGUGAGCCAGGCGUGCAGCAGCGACGGGAGGCCGGCCCAGGUCACCUGUGCAGAGCACCGUGCGCUGCGCUUGGUGGACGGCGGCAGCCCCUGUGCAGGGCGCGUGGAGAUGCUGGAGUACGGCAGGUGGGGGUCCGUGUGCGAUGACACCUGGGACCUGGAGGACGCCCACGUGGUGUGCAGGCAACUGGGCUGCGGCUGGGCAGUCCAGGCCCUACCCGGCCUGCACUUCGCUCCUGGCCAAGGGCCCAUCCACCGCGACCAGGUGAAUUGCUCCGGCGACGAGACCUACCUGUGGGACUGCCCGGGGACGCCAGGAGAGCACUAUUGCGGCCACAAGGAGGACGCGGGCGUCGUGUGCUCAGAGCACCAGUCCUGGCGCCUGACUGGAGGCGCUGACCGCUGCGAGGGGCAGGUGGAAGUGCAUUUCCGAGGGGUGUGGAGCACGGUGUGUGACAGUGAGUGGUACUCACCGGAAGCCAGCGUGCUGUGCCGGGCCUUGGGCUGCGGAACCCUUGUGGACAGGCCCAGGGGGCGGCCGCACUCGCUCUCGGGCAGGAUGUACUACUCCUGCGAGGGAGGGGAGCCCACCCUCUCCAACUGCUCCUGGCGAUUCAACAACUCCAACCUCUGCAGCCAGUCCCACGCCGCCAGGGUCCUCUGCUCAGGUUCCCGGAGUUUGCACAAUCUGUCCACUCCCGAGGUCCCUGCGAGUGUCCAGCCGGCCUCUGUAGAACCUUCUGUGACAGUGAAAAUGGAGGACAAGGAAUCCCAGGAGCUGGCACUCCUCAUCCCCUGCAUCGUCCUGGGAGUUCUCCUCCUUGCCUCUCUCAUCUCCAUAGCCUUCAUCCUCUUCAGAAUCAAAGGAAAAUAUGCCCUCCCUGUUACCAUGAACCACCAGCACCUGCCCACCACCAUCCCAGCAGGGACCAAUAGCUACAAAGCGGUCCCCAUCACCAUCCCCAAAGAAGAAGUUCCCAAGCUGCCCAUCCAGGUCCGGGCCCAGCCUGCCGAGGACUCAGAUUCCAGCUCGGACUCAGACUAUGAGCACUAUGACUUCAGCGCCCAGCCUCCUGUGGCCCUGACCACCUUCUACAAUUCCCAGCGGCACCGGGUCACAGAGGACGAGGCCCAGCAGAGAAGGUUCCAGAUGCCCCCGCUAGAGGAAGGACUUGAAGAGCUGCAUACCUCCCCCAUCCUGGCUGCCAACCCCAUCGCAGACGCCCCCUCCCUGGGCCCUCAGCAUCAGCACAGGAGCCAGAGCGAGUCCAGCACCUCCUCCGGGGAGGACUACUGCAACAGCCCCAGCAGCAAGCCCCCCGCCUGGAGUCUCCAGGGCUUUCCUUCAGAGAGGAGUCCGCUCCUGGAGCAGCCCCCGAACCUGGAGCUGGCGGGCCCCCAGGCGGCUUGCCCGGCAGGACCCCUGGCUGACGACAGCUCCAGCACCUCGUCCGGGGAGUGGUACCAGAACUUCCAGCCGCCGCCCCAGCCGCCUCCGGUGGAGCAGUUUGGGUGUCCAGGGCCCCCCAGCCCCCAGGCUGACUCCACCUCCGAGGACGACUAUGAUGACAUCGGAGCAGCCUAGACCGGGUCCAGUCCGGGCUCCUGAGUGGCUCUCCAGCGCUGGCCGCCUGCUCUGCCUACUCCUGCCCCGCCCCGCCCUCCCAACCCAAGUCCCGCAGGGCUGAGAUACCCACCCCCCCUUCCCCGGUCCCACCUCCCGGCCCGACCCCCAACCCUUGGCCCGAGAGCAGGAAGGGAAUUCCCAAGGCAGCCCCAGGGUGGGGAGACCCUGCAAGCCGUGGCUCAGGCAUGAGCUUGCAGAGUCCGGGCCGCCUCCCGCAGCUGCUGGGGGUUCCGGGGGACGACGCCUAGGCCCCUUCCCGUCCUCACUGGAGUCCCUGAGUCUCAGACAGCUCAGCACCCAGAGGUCCCGAGAAGGGCAGCCGUGUGCUCGGGGCUGCUGGCUGGUGUCACUCUGUAGGGGGUCCUGGGGAACGCUGGUCCAGGUCUUUGUCCAGGGUGCCAACGGCACAGGCAGCUGACAGCGAGCAGGGUGACUGCAGGCCCCCACGCAGGAGCUGGGGUCUGAGGGCAGUCUCGUCUCUAGGGACCUUCUGAAUCCACAGGCCUGUACCCUGGGAAUGGUCCCGGACAGCCAAUCCUUAUUUUAAGCUUCCUACAGUUUACAAAGAUUAACCCAGCCCAGAGCCCCCAUAGACCUCAGGGUCAGGGGCCCAGGCCCUGCAGGGGACAGGAAGGACGGAGACAUCUGCCAGAGAGCAGCCCUGGGGCUGCACUGGUCCCCUGGGUCUCCCUGCAUUGCUCCUGGGUGAGCACGCAGGGCUGCCCGGAGAGCUGAGGCCCAGUGAGGCCCGAGGAUUUCCAUCCUGAAUAGCUGGGAUUAAACUGCUGAGUGAAACCAGGA